AUGUCCACCGAGUCAAGCAUCAUUGACCUCCUGUAUGACAUGCUGGAUCAACAGCCAGGGAAUGUCUAUAUUCUCGAAAGAAUCACCGAAGCUUGGGAGUCCAAGAAUGAAAGAGGUAUUGCCCGUGAAACAGCUAGCCAGCUCCUCCAACUAGAUCCUGGCAAUGCCGUGGCCCGCCUAUGCCUUCAAGAGAGACGAGAUACAAUCAGAGCCGCAUCCAGCAGUAGCAGUAGUAAUGGGGUUCAAGGACGUAAACAGGCACAGUCGCGGAAAACCUCGACACCAGCCAGCACUAGCAGAAACACGGACCUUCUAGGCGACUACAAGCAGCUGAUGCUUGAGGCGGAACAUCUCAAGCACGAACUCUCUGGCAUCAUGCAACUUUCUGGGCUGCAGGACAUCGAUGAAUGUCAAGAGGCCGUGACCAAUCUUGGGCAUAUAAGCCGUGGUGAGAUCAGCAAGGCCAUCCAUUCUCUGCAACCUGUUUCAGUGAGAGAGUCAGCAAGAAAUGUUGCGGCAAAUCGAGACAAGGCCCAGGAACUUUUGGUCCAAGAUUUUGAGGCUGUGAUUGCAUGGGCCUCCUCACAGGAGACUCCAGUCAGCCUUGAAUCCAUUCGGGACAGACUGGUAAAGCGCAGAACUCUCUUGGAUGCAGCCCUACCCGAAAACAUGGCAAGAUACACCACCGAUGCCCUCGCUUUAGUGGAGCGGAAGCACCUGAAGAAGAAGUACGUCAACUCGGAAACCAUGCUUGGGGACAAGGUUGAAGAAAUUCCCGCCGAGAACUUCUUCGUAUCCGAGGACAAUUACGCCUGGGACAUGGAAGAACUGGUGCAAGCGCUAGCAGUCAACGAUGGGGUCAUGAGGAACCCGCUGAGUAAGGAAAUGUUUACUGAAGCCGACAUCCGCAACAUUCUCUCGCAUCCGCUCGGAGUUAGACUCAAGCCCAUACAGCUGGCCCAGAGUCAACUGAAGCAGGGAGUACGAGCUGAAACGAUCCGUCGAGUCGAGGCUCUUGGGAGCAUACUCUUGGCUGAUCAGACUGAGAACGCUGCGCCGAGUCGGUCGGCAACAGAUGAGUUCUUGGCCUACAUGGCCACGCUCCCGGACAAUGAGCAAAACACUAUCAAUUCCCUCAAGAUCCCAGCGAGGGAUAAGCUCAAUGGCCAGCCAUAUGACUACACCAUAGGACAGUCAGUCAAGGAUGCCAAGUCCAACCUUACCUGUUUCCAUAAGGUCGGAGACUUUCUUUCCCAAGCGGCACAGACUUUGAAGGAUUAG